AUGAUCUGGUUUUGCAUCACAUUGUUGCUGUCAAUUACCCAAGUCAUGUCUCUUCAGACAAAUGUCAAAGACCACAUCAGAGUUUUCCCAGGAGCAAAUCAAACUAUUGCAGGAGUAUUUCAGGCCACCUCCAUCAACAACAACAAGCCUAAGUACGCCUUCAAUGCCUCUGAAGCUCGACAGCUCUGCCUGUCUCUCGGUGUGACCAUGGCCUCCAAAGCAGAAGUGCAGACAGCUCUUUCCAGAGGUUUAGAAACAUGCAGGUUUGGAUGGAUUGAUGAACAUUUUGCAGUCAUUCCUCGCAGCAGAGCUCUUCCUAGCUGUGGACAGAGCCAGACGGGCUUGGUGACAUGGAGGGCCGAUGUUACACACAAGUUUGAUGUGUUUUGCUUUAAUGAAUCAGAUGCAGCCAUACAAUUGAAGGAUACAACAACUGAUAGCCCUCAGUCCACCUCCAAGAAAGCAAGCUCCACCCAUACCCCUCAGUAUACCUCCUCUACCUCUCCUUCCUUCUUUCUUGAAAACUUAGACAGCGAGGGGGAACUUGUUCGGUUUGUCGGAAAGGCACAAGGCUCAUCUGGAGGAAAGGCGAUUCUCAUCACCACGACUUGCGCCCUUCUCCUUAUUGCAGUGAUCCUCUUUGCAUACUUUACAUUGCAAAGGAAUUAUCCGGAAUUGAAGCAGCAGCAGCAGCACCAGCAGCAGCAGGAGGAAGAGUACAUCGAGACAGAAGAGUGGACGUGUGUGAAGGUUAUACAGGAACCAGAGACUGAUUCUCAGGAAGAGAAGAGCUUAGAAGAGGACGACGAUACAAGUUAAAUCUAUUUCUCAUUUCUAUCAUUUUUUUAAAGAGGCACUCCAUGGACUGGAACGGACUAAUGUUAUGUUACAUGACUGAUGUAACAGAAUGGUUGUGCAAUACGUUUGUUUUUGUAUGUAAAAUAUGUUUGCAUUUUCAGUCACAUGAUGCUUUGAAAUGGUGCAAUUUAGCCACUAGAUGGCAGUGCUUGCAGUACAAUCUGUGUAAAAGACUGAAGACUAUUUUUUUGUAGACUACUUUCUUCUUCCUGUAAUAUUUUUUUACAUGUGAAUCUAAUUGAUUUUCAACAUUUCUACACAGUGUAUAAGAAGGCACAUGUCAUUGUGAACAAAGGUAUUUGCCAAGUCUUGAUGAAUUGAUGUACAUAUCUUCCUAGACCUCCUUGAAACCUUCAUAAAACACCUCUUUUCAUUCAUCAGAGGGGUGUCACUGACUGUUGUGCAACACUCUCUCAACUAUGUAUACAGUACCUGGAAAACCUCAACUUUACACCAUACCCCCUUCCAAUAAUGAAGUGCAAACUGUCAUCGAUAAAAGGUGAUGACAAA